AAGCAGAGGGAGGAGAGAAGCAUAUAAGGGUAGACCGUGCCGACGCUCUCAAACACACAGAGGGAGUGAGCAGGGAGAAGAGAACGGAGUGUGUGUGAGGAGUUGAUAUCACGGGUUUAGGGAGGAAUACAGUACUGUACAGUUGUCAGAGGGAGGAUUCGGAUUUCCGGUUAGCGGAGCAGCAUGAUCUUAACGGCGGGUAGUGCCUCUUCAACCGCGGUGAUCUCAUUGACGACUAUGGAUUGACAGAUAGGCGCACAGAGAAACAUACCGAGGUCACAUUUACCCCAGAAAGAGUGUGAGGGUUUGUUUGUGUGUUGGUGUAUUGGUGUAACCACAUGAGCUCAUUGCUUGCCCAUGUGUCCUGACUGGGUUCGACUUCUCUGCCCGUGAUAACAUCCAAACGGAGGGAUGGGCUGCAGGCUUCCUAAGCUGCGGAGGACUGGGGAGGAGAAGAGUCCUGGGAAGAUCUACUCCACCCUCCGACGACCACAGGUGGAGACCAAGGUGGGCGUGGCCUACACCUACCACUUUCUGGACUUCCUGCUGGGGAAGGAAGAGGUGUCUGUGUCCUCAGUGCUGUGUCUGUCGUCAGUGAGAGAGUUACCAGUCCAGGUGAGGGAGCUGUAUGGUCAGGGCUUUGUCCUGGUGGCUGUCCAUCCCUUCGUCCACCCUUGUGGCCCCAGGCCCGCACGCAUCCAACGCCAGCUACACAGAGCUGUCCUCAUCAGAGAGACACAGAGUUCAGAGAACCAGCUGAAGUGGGCGGGGCUUCGCCUGGAGACAGACGUGUGUGUGGCGGGUCAACAGGCCCCUGACCCAGAAGUCAUCCAGAACUACGUGAAGAAGAUCCAGGACAUGGCAGAGCAGGGUAUGCUGUUUGUGGGCUUCCUGCAGCAGCCUGGCGGGGGACCCUGUUUCCUGGGGCACUUGGACCCUGAGGACCUGUCCUCCCUGCACUCCAGCCCCUCCCCCAUACACAGACACCCCACCAGUCCCUCAGAACCCACGAUACCGGAUCCCAGCCCUACAGGCUCUGCAGAACCCCACCAGAAUCUCCUAGAACCAGAACACGACCGGAACACAGAAGUGAAAACACCAGAACACAAGUUGGUUGAACUCAGAACAAUUGAACAGAACCCUACAGAUACCAGACAGGUGGAGCUGGACUUGAGCUCAACAGGACUGCCAGAUCUCACACAGGACUCUACUCCAAUAGAAUCAUCAAACAGAGAACACGACCACAGUACAGGCAAAAUAGCCUCAAUAGAAGACCAACCAAACCGCUGUCCAGAUGAACCAGCAGACUCAGCAGAGAGACCCAGCCAAAGAGAUCCAGAGAGUGACCAACAGAACCACAACCACGCCCCAACAGAACUCCCUGGCGACCGGGAUCAACUACAGUCUAACAACACAAUAGAGACCACAUGUAUAGAGAGACAACAGAAUGAAAGCCAAGCAGACUUCAUCAGGAUUCUACUACCCAACUUCAGCCCAACAGAGUUAACACAUGGACUUGGUGGUCCAGACGCAGACAGACAGUGCCAGGGAGACAGACAGAGUCUAAGCCCUCAGACACAGAACCACAAACAGAGACCGGAAAUGGACCAUGGCUCAGACAACCUGGUCCGGUCACCAGAACUAGACAACGGUGACCACGGGUCAGAGUCUGGGGCUGAGAGGGGGUGUAACCGUAGAAACGAGGGCACGGGCGGUGACCCGGAUGAGCAUCUGAGGAGCAGCAGAGUUCCGACCCACAACAACAACAAUCACAUCCGGGUCAAGAGUCCAGACAGAGAAAAGAGGGCUGCAGGGUCUCCACCAGCACAGAGCAGGGUGCAGCUGUUUGCCCUGUACAACCACACAGGGGAGCUGUCCAGCUCUCUGAGGUUCUACUCCCUCAGGGUUCCGCUGCAGCUGCAGAGAGAGGCGGGGCUAGUAACGGAGGUUGACGCCCACUGGCUGGAUCACAUGACCCAGCAUUUCACCAGCGGAGCUCACCUCAUCGACGGCUUCUUUCACCUUGGAGACGACAAUGACAGCGGGGUCUCCUCCGUGGACAGUGUAUUCAUCUUUCAGAGCUCCUCAGAAGAAACCGCACCCACUUCAUACGACGCCAUUGUGGUGGAGCAGUGGACCAUUGUCGAUGGUGUAGUGGUAAGGACAGACUACAUACCCUUGCUCCAGUCUCUGGCUCCCUAUGGAUGGAGACUGACGUGUGUGCUGCCUACUCCCAUCGUUAAGACCAACAGUGAUGGCAGUUUGUCCACAAAGCAGAUCCUUUUCCUCCAGAGACCUGCCUUGCAACGCAACAGGAAAGACUUCAAGAAGUUGAACCUCAGGGGUCGGAACAAGCCGAAGAAAAACUCUGCUGGAGAAAUGCUAGAGAAGAAAGAGGAGAGAAAGGACACAUCCCCAGUGAUGGAGAGAGGGAUGGAUGGACAGAAGAGGAACACGGAAGAGGAGGAGAGAGAGGCGAGAAGGAAUUGUGAGAACAAAAUAAAUGAGAAAGGGAGAACCGUAGACAGAGAAGGAAUCAAGAGAGAAGAGGAGAGAGAGUGUGAGACAGAAUCUCAAGAAGACUUCACCCAGGGUACAGAGGGCGGGGCCACAGACCUCAACCAGGAAGUAGAGCGGGGGAAUGGCAAAGCCCUAUUGGCCAGACAUGAGAAGGCCGUUAGGUUUGCAGAUCAAUUUGUCAAUCAGAAGAAUGAUGAAGAGAAGUCAGAGGAGAAGAUCACACAGCAGCUGAGUGAGAGAGCGCUGUUUUCUGGAGUAUGUUAAUUAGAUAGAAUUAAAAGCGUCUGAGUAGGAGUAAGAGUGCUGAUCUAGUGCUGAUCUAGGAACAGUUUUGCCUUUAAAAUCAUAAUGAAUAAGCGGGGAACUGAUCCUAGAUCAGCACUCUUACUCUGAGAUGUGUUCUGAAUAACGUUACAGGCCCUGACCUGGGUUCAAAUAGUAUUUGUAAGAUUGCUUGAUUGAGCUUGCAUGGUGCCUUGCCUGGAUGGAACUAAUGGAAUAGUACCAAAAGUGCAAACCCAGCCCACCUGACACUCUAGGCACGCUCAGCAAGUUGUAAGAUUUCAAACAGCCUACUAUUUUAACCCUGGACUGGAAAUAAUAAAUAUACAGAAUGACAGAAUAGGAUGAAGAACUAGUAGCUCAUCGAUGGAAACCAAGGCACUUAACAGAAUGGUGGUUUAGUUAUAUUCCUGGUACUGUAUCAAACCU